AUCCAGCGACUUACAAAAACCUUCCUAACGUUAUCUCUGAGUGACAUCGCAAGAAGAGUUUAUCUACAUGCACCACAAGAGGCUGAGCAGUACGUCAGAAAUAUGAUUGAAGAUGGUGAGAUCCAUGCAACAAUCAGCAAACAGAAUGGAAUGGUCCACUUCCAUGACAACCCAGAAAAAUAUGACAAUCCUGCAGUACUCAGACAUGUCGAGCAACAGAUGCAGCAUUGUAUCAGUCUAGAUGAGAAGCUCGAGAGCAUGGAUCAAGAGAUAGCUGUUAAUCCACAAUAUGUUCAAAAGAGCAUGGGAGUACGAGAAGACGAUGAAGUGGGCGGAGUCUUUGGAGGGAAAUAGGACACACUGUAUAGCUGAAUGUACAUAAUCAUGGUUGAUUUGUGACUGCAGGAAACAGGAAAAAAGAAGACAACAUCUAUUUAUAUAUUCCAGUCCCCUUUUUCAAAACUAUCAAAAUUCAACCCUACAUGAUAUUGUUAUCUUCUUUUUUUCCAAAAGUAACAAGUCCUUUAACAUUUUACUGUACAGAGAAGACAAAAUUGCAUUCAUGAAUUUAAUGUAUAGUGUGUAUUCCUGAAGAAAAAACCCACAUACACAUGUAUUGUAGUUGUUCACUGCAGUAACAUGGAGCUUAUUUUAGAAUCUUAGAGACUUGCCAAUGGUUUGGCAUGUUUAUAAACACAGCUUCUUGAGUAUCAUGACAAAACUUAGGCUUAAAUGUCAUAUGAAGAUGUAUUUCUUCAAGGUGCAUAUCAGAAAUAGGUAUCAUAAAGUGUAACCUGAAUCCUUUGCAAUUUUGUUGACUGUUAUUCUUUAAUUCUUCCCCCAAAUCCUUCCUUCUAUUUCUUCCCUCUCCUCUCCAUACAUUUUGAAAGCAGUGGUACUAUGGGUACAUAUGCCAGACUUUUUUUUCCAUGCAGACCUGUACAUGUACAUGUAUUUCAAUUCACUGUAAAUUUUAAAAACAACAAAAUUACAGCAUAUCAUAUUAAGGUACGAUUCGCCGAACAUGUUUUUAGAGAGAAAUCAUGUAUAUGCAUGUGCGAAUUGAAAAGGUCUAUGUUAUUUGCU